CCUCGUUCCUCUCAGCUAAAGCUUCUGCAAUCUCUCUUCUCUGUGAGGAGCUGGGCGCUUCAAUUUAGAAAGAAGGAAAUGGCAACGAAGAAGGAUGUGUGUGGUUCGGUGGACGAGUUUCUGAAGCAGUGUGAGCAUUCCGGUGACGCCGCAUACGGUGCUCUCCGGUCUGUGUUGGAGCGUCUGGAGGAUCCGAAUUCCCGAGUCCGGGCUCGGAUCUUCCUCUCGGAGGUGCAGAAGCGUUUUGGCACCAAGGAGGGGCGCGAUCAAUGCUUUCAGAAGUAUCAUUUUCUGAUCGAAGACAUUAUCUUGGACCAACACGAAGGAUAUCAUGGAAGAAAGAAAUUGACCUCGAUGGUGAUUCCUAGCAUUUUUGUCCCAGAAGACUGGUCCUUUACGUUUUUUGAAGGACUUAAUAGACACCCAGCCUCGGUUUUCAAGGACAGGACUGUGGCUGAGCUGGGCUGUGGAAAUGGAUGGAUAUCCCUUGCCAUGGCUGAGAAGUGGCUGCCUUCAAAGGUUUACGGUCUUGAUAUCAAUCCUAGAGCGGUAAAGAUUUCUUGGAUAAAUUUAUACUUAAAUGCUCUUGAUGAAAAAGGCCAGCCUAUCUACGAUGAAGAGAAGAAAACCUUGCUGGACAGGGUAGAGUUCUAUGAAUCUGAUCUUCUAUCAUAUAUCAGGGAUCAUGAAAUUCAACUUGACAGAAUUGUUGGAUGCAUACCUCAGAUUCUGAAUCCAAAUCCAGAUGCAAUGUCUAAGAUGAUUACGGAAAAUGCAAGCGAGGAAUUCCUUCAUUCAUUAAGUAAUUAUUGUGCACUUCAGGGUUUUGUCGAGGAUCAGUUUGGGUUGGGUUUAAUAGCUAGGGCAGUUGAAGAGGGUAUAGAAGUAAUAAAACCAACUGGAAUUAUGAUUUUUAAUAUGGGAGGCCGCCCAGGCCAAGGAGUUUGCAGCCGCUUGUUUGAACGUCGAGGUUUCCACAUUACAAAGCUUUGGCAGACCAAAAUUACUCAGGCGGGUGACACUGAUAUUACAGCCUUAGUUGAGAUUGAGAAGAACAGUCCUCACCGUUUUGAGUUCUUUAUGGGGCUUUCUGGAGAUCAGCCUAUUUGUGCACGGACAGCAUGGGCUUAUGGAAAGGCAGGUGGUAGCAUUUCUCAUGCUUUAUCAGUUUACAGUUGCCAACUUCAGCAACCUACUAAGGUUAAGAUUAUCUUUGAUUUUCUCAGAAAUGGAUUCCAAGAGAUCAGUAGCUCCUUGGAUUUGUCCUUCAAGGAUGAUUCUGUUGCUGAUGAGAAGAUUCCUUUCCUUGCUCAUCUUGCACAUACUCUUAAAGAGAAUAUGUAUUUUGCCUAUGAGCCACCAGUUGGAAGUAAGCGAUUCCGCAGUCUCAUUGCAGGGUUUAUGAAAACAUAUCACCAUAUUCCUCUUACUGCCAAUAACGUGGUCAUCUUUCCUUCAAGAACCAUAGCAAUUGAGAAUGUUCUUCGCUUGUUCUCUCCUCGCCUUGCAGUUGUUGAUGAACAUCUGACUCGACACCUACCUAGGCAGUGGCUAACAUCGUUAGCACUUGAGGGUACAGAAACUAAUGGUUCCUCAGAGGAUACACUUAUGGUAAUUGAAGCUCCUAGACAGUCAGACUUAAUGAUGGAAUUAAUUAAGAGGUUGAAGCCACAAGUGGUGGUGACUGGGAUUGCUUAUUUUGAGGCAGUUACUAGUUCUGCUUUUGUGCAACUUUUACACACGACACAAGAGAUUGGAUCUCGUCUAUUCAUAGACAUAUCUGAUCACUUUGAGCUAUCCAGCCUCCCAAGAUCCAGUGGGGUCCUGAAGUAUGUUGCAGAAACUUGCCUUCCCUCUCACGUUGCAAUUAUAUGUGGUUUGGUGAAAAAUAAGGUUUAUCCAGAUUUAGAAGUUGCUUUUGUCAUUUCAGAAGAAGAAUCCCUCUUUAAUGCCUUAUCUAAAACUGUAGAACUACAGGAAGGCAAUACUUCAUUGAUUAGCCAACAAUAUUAUGGUUGUAUAUUUCAUGAGCUUACUGCUUUCCAGCUUUUGGACCGACAUCCACCUUCUCAGAGAAAACGUGAAGAUUUCAAAUCAGUUAAUAUGAUAGGAUUUGCUAGUUCAGCCUUAUCUGUCCUGAAUAAUGCUGAGCUGUCAAUUGAUGAGGUGGAGAAUGGGCCUGUAAUCCACAUGGAUGUUGAUUUAAGCUUCUUGCCUACACCAUCUCCAGUCAAGGCUUCUAUCUUCGAAAGUUUUGCAAGGCAAAACAUGGCUGAAUCUGAAACUGACGUCACCCCUAGUAUUAAACAGUUUGUCAGGAGGAACUAUGGUUUCCCAACAGAUAGCAGCACAGACUUUAUAUACGCAGACAAUUCAAGAGCUCUUUUCAAUAAAAUGGUCUUGUGCUGCAUCAAAGAAGGGGGCACUCUCUGUUUUCCUGCUGGAUCAAAUGGGAACUUUGUUUCAGCUGCUAGAUUCUUGAAAGCUAAAAUAAAAAUGAUCCCUACCAAUGUCAGUGAGGGUUUUAAGCUCACAGAAGAUACGCUCACUUGUGUCCUUGAGACUGUAAACAAACCAUGGGUGUAUAUUUCUGGUCCAACAAUCAAUCCAACUGGCUUAGUUUAUAGCAACAGUGAAAUAGGAGAGAUUUUAAGCACUUGUGCUAAAUUUGGGGCAAGAGUUAUACUUGAUACUUCAUUCUCAGGUUUGGAAUUUGACUGUGAUGGCUGGGGUGGAUGGAGUUUAGAGCCAUGUUUGUCAAAGCUGAGUUCUUCGUGCAAACCAUCGUUUUGUGUCUGUCUUUUUGGAGGGUUGUCUCUGAAGAUGCUUAAUAGUGCUCUCAGAUUCGGUUUCCUGAUUCUAAACCAGCAAUUUUUGGUUGAAGCAUUUAAUAAUUUUCCAGGAUUAAGCAAACCUCAUGGUACUAUUAGAUAUGCGAUGAAGAAGUUGCUGGAUCUUGGAGAGCGGAAAGCAACGGACAUGUCAGAUGCUAUCGUUGAACACUCGAGGAAAUUGAAAAGUAGAUCCAAGAUCUUCAAAGAGGAACUUGAGAGAAAUGGCUGGGAUGUGCUUGAAUCCUGUGCUGGUGUUUCUAUUGUAGCCAAGCCCUCAGCUUUUCUCAACAAGACAAUUAAGAUUAAUGAUGCUUCAGGAAAUGGUCCUGGAGAAAUUAAGUUGGAUGACUCUAAUAUCAGGAAUUGCAUUCUCAAAACCACUGGUUUAUGUAUCAACAGUAGCUCAUGGACCGGAAUCCCUGGCUACUGCCGGUUCAGUAUUGCAUUGGAAGAAAAUGAGUUCAAGAGAGCACUGGAUUGCAUUCGGAAGUUUAAAAAACUCGUACUAAACUGAUUACAUGUUUGGCAUACAGAAAAGUGGUUUUUAUAAAGAAAAUGGAGAAUACAUCUAGAAAGAAUAUAAGAUAGGUUCAAUUACCAUUUCCUUUUUAGAAAGCACUUUUCUACCUACCAAACAUGAAACAUUGCAUGAAGUUUUCUGCUAUGGCUAUAAAUCUUAGGUAAUUUUUUGUUCAUGGGGAUUUUAAUUUCUCAAGUACUUGGAAGCCUAUUGAUGAGAUCUUUAAACAUAAAAAAAAUUCAAUAAAAUUACUUGUUUCAUCAGUUUUUAAUGCAAAAGAAAAAAAAGAUUUUUUUUCCUUCCAUACAUCUUAUACUCAAUGUAUGUAUACAAGGGUUUCCAAGUAUGUGAGAAAUUAGGGUAUUCACUGGCCAAUCUCUACUUAAGAUCAAAAGCAGGUAAAUUAGAGGAUAUAUAUCAAUUAUCCAAGAAUUUAAUGGCACAUACCUGAAAAAUUACACUAGAGUUCUUUUCUUUGUUGAAAUACAAAUGAAAUGAACUUCUGAUCCUUACACUAUUAUAUUUGCACAGUUCCAUUUCUUUUGCCCUUUUUUUGUCUGAAUAGAAAUCCUGUCCUUUGUACUGAAACAGUUUGCAAUAAGAAAAAACUUGUGAAAA